AUGUUUUGCCGUCGUAUUUUGAUUUUUUCUGAUUUUGAUGAACCAACUGAUGUAAUCCUCCACAACGGUUUACCGCCUCAUAGUGGCGUAGAGGUGACACUGGGCGUCGAACUGCGAUGCACAGCGGAGGUUCGUCCUCCGGCAGGGUCUCCCAAGGUUGGGCGACGACCUGUGGUGAAAGCUAAGCUCGCCGUGGCAUGGCUGCUUAGUUUGGGGAAAAGUCUCUUUGCCACUCCAGCAUAUUCACUGCCUCAGUACCCCGCACACUGGGCCCUGCCGUCUCAGACGUCGGACGGUAUGGCGACCGGUGAGAGGCGAUCAAAUCUCAGGUUGCUCAGGACGUCAUUGAUUCUGGACCAAGGCGACACACCCACGACUCGCCAUGGAGACUGUCUCAGACUGUGUACUUACAACGCGAGAACAGUUUCCACAGACGCUGACCUGCAUGCCCUUCUCGGAGCUGCAGAGCGUAUCAAAUUUCACGUGAUUGCUCUGCAGGAGACCAAGUGCAGAAGGAGCGACGUACGACAGAUGAAUGACGGUACACUCGUCAUUCGUGGAGAGAAGUCACCUCGUCUGGCCAUUCUUCGCCUCCGCCCGCUGCGCAAAAAACCCAUCAGUAUCAUCAACUGCUACUCACCAACAUCAGUAGCUGAUGAAUCCGAAUUGGAUGCGUUUUACGAGGAGCUGGAGGAGAUGAUCCGCAACGAGAAGCCCUUCUACAAAUUCGUUGUCGGAGACUUCAACGCAAAUCUAGGAAAGGCUACAAAAGAGGAAUACAGGAUCGGAAGACUUGGAGUAGGGGACCGGAAUGAAAAUGUACCAUCCUUUUGCAGUGGUUCUGAUCACCGUCUCCUUCGAGCGAAAAUACGACUUAGCCACACGAUGGAAAAGAACAUCUGCUAUCGGCAACGAAGGAGAAAAGAAGUCGUCUACGACGAUUGUGUACUCGAGGACUCCUUGUCCCAAGGUGACUGGCACAUCGAGGAGGACCCAAACGUGGACUACGAGAUGCUGCUCAGAGGAUUACGAGCCACCAAGGAAUUGUUGGAAAGAAGAAGGGCUUUGAAGCUUGAUCCGAAUGCAUCGCACAUUGAGCGGCAGAAGAAGAUUCUAGAAGCAGCACAAAGAAGAACGAGUCUAAAGAAGUGCCGCAGGGAUCUCCGCGAAUAUAAUAUUCCAUUAGCAGCCUUGCUGAGCGAAGACGGGACUCGCACGUCUUCUCGUCGUGAGAUGGAAAUCAUUACGGAGAGGUUCUACUCGAACCUUUUCCGUUCAUCAACUCCUGUGUCAAGCCCAAUCAUCCCCACUGGCGAAGCUCCACCACGGAUUCUCCCUUCGGAAGUACGAGUCGCUAUCAAGAGUAUGAAGCCUGGCACAGCCCCCGAACCUGAUUUUAUAUCAGCAGACUUUCUUCGGGCUGGCGGCCAUCCGCUUCAUGUAAUCUUAGCAGCGCACAUGACAUCUUAUCUUCAGAAAGAAAGGAUCCCAGACCAGACGGUGGAUGAAGCCCAGCCUCAAGAACAACCAGGGUUCCGCCACGGGUUCAGCUGCUUGGACCACAUCCAGACCGUGUCGAGGGUCAUAGAGGUUUACCGGGAAUACCGCCUGCCCCUUGUUCUAACCUUCGUCGACUAUGAGAAAGCCUUCGACAGCGUAGAAACGAAUGCAAUACUGUCAGCGCUGGUCGAUCAAGGUGUGGACGCGUCGUAUGUGAGGACAUUAGCCAAUUGCUACGAACGAUGCACGACUAGGAUGCAGCUCUUCCACCUCCCUCUCACCAUACCCAUUGGAAAGGGGGUACGACAAGGCGAUACUAUAUCGCCGAAGCUGUUCACGGCUGCAUUGCAAUGGAUAAUGAAAUCACUAUCCUGGGAGGAAAGGGGCAUACGUGUUGAUGGAAGAUUUCUCUCGAACCUUCGUUUCGCGGACGACAUCGUUCUCUUUUCGAGCAGUACCAAUGAAGCAGAAACGAUGCUCAACAAAUUGAACGAAGCAGAGAAGAGAAUAGGACUGCGAAUAAACAGAAAGAAGACACAGUUUAUGAAGAACGCCUACUGCGAGGACGGAGGAGUACAACUUGAAGGCUCCCAAAUCGGAAGCUACAGACCAACUGAGGACCAAGAUCUUCGUGCCCAUCUGUUCGACUCGACGCUUCUUCCAGCGCUCUGUUACGCAGCGGAGACGUGGGCAGACACCGCUGCCACGUUUAGGAAGCUACUUACUACCCACAGAGCCCUUGAGAGAUGCCUUCUGAAGUUUAACCGGCGCACACAACACCUUGCCGGUCUUCGUAGCUCCGACUUAAGAGGAAUGUCUCGUCUUCGCGACACAGCGGAUUAUAUAUCGAAAGCAAAGCGUAGAUGGGCCGGUCACACUAUGAAAAGAAUAGAGAACGGUAGAUGGACCAAAAGAACGCUAGAGUGGAUCCCAAGGGACGCUAAACGCCCCCGAGGGAGACCGCCAACGAGAUGGGGUGACGUGUUCGCUGCACGGAUGGACCAGCUGAGAGCUCAGCUGGAUACGGCUCAAGGACCUCGUCAACGUCACUCACGAAGCUCGAGAACAUCUUGGAUGACAAUGGUGAGGGAACGAAACGAGUGGAAGAGAUGCUGGGGCCCGCACGUUCAGUGA